AUGCCAAUCAAACCUUACCAAUGCACAUUAUGUCAAGUAAAAUAUUUCAAGAGCAUAAGAGGACUCCUUCAACAUGAGAAUCGUGUACACAGUAAUUACAAACUACCACCAUCCAAUCUUUCACUCCUACCUCCAGAUGCAAUACAAAAGUUUCGUGAAAUGUUAGUAUUUCUUAUUAAAAAACGAUUAUCACUUCAUUUUAGGAAAACAGGAAAACAGAUAAUCAAGGCACCAUGCAGUGAAAGUCAGUUUGUUGGUGUUUUUGGGCCAUGGAUUCAACGUUAUUCACCAUGUAAAAGAAAAUAUACAUGUCUUUUCAAGGGGGAAAAUGCAUGUGAAACACUAUCAAUAAUAUUACAAGAUGCGGAAUGGGGUGGACGUUGGUACGACUUGGAACAAAAAGCAUAUGUAGUGUUAUAUAUUUCAUCAUCACAAGAAGUUGGGUCUAAUAAUGAUAAUAAAAAUAAAUUACCUGAAAUGUUAGUAGAAUGGUAUACUGAAAGAAUAGUUGAUGCACAUCAACAUACAGUUUCUACUGACCUUUUAUUAAAAAUUACAAUUUUAUUAUAG